CUUUUGUUGGAGUCUGUUAGUGUUUUGCUCAUGAAGUGGGGGAUUAUGGCUUUGGUUUUUGAGUUUCGUUUCCUCUUGAUUUCUCACCUUUUUCUUCUUUCAGCUAAGCAUGGAUAUGCGAGCCAUGGCAAAUGUCCUCUAUCGUUUGAUUGCGGAAAACUUAGGAGAAUCCAGUUCCCUCUCACCACGGCAGAAUUUCCGGACUGUGGCUUAUUGCUGGUACAUGACUGUGAUGAUCCAAAUCCAUAUUCAAAUAAAACGAUUCAACUAGAGAAGAAUGGAAGACCAUUCCUGAUUCUUAACGGUGUCUUUCCGCAGCAAAAUGUGAUUACGGUUUUUGACCAAGAUCUACACCAUCGUUUGCAAUCCCAGGGUUCUUGUGAAGCCUUCAACAACAAUAUCUCAAUUCUUGCAAGCUCCCCUUUGAUUUCUUUGGACAUUAAAUUCAACAUAACCCUGUUUAAAUGCAACCCCGAUCUCAAUAUCAGCGCCCCCAGUGGUUUCAUUAAACAUACCUGUGCAGGCUUUCAUAUCUAUCAUUACAACCAACUCUAUGAUCUUCGACCUGACCAAGAAAGCCAUUUCUCAGCAUGUUCAACUCUUGUGCUUCCUAGAAAAGACCUGCCUGAUAGCAAAGACCUUCAAUCAUUCUUAUCUGCUCAAAUGAAUCUGGAUACACGAUUAUCUGAUGAUUGUGACAAGUGUUACAACCACGAAGGAGGCCGGUGUAAACUUGACAGUAACAAUAAGUUUUCUUGCGACAAAGCUCCGCCUGAUCCGAGUAAGUUUUGGAAGCUGGCACUGGGACUUGCGCUAGGUCUAUUUCUUGGGCUUUUAGGCAUUUUGAUAAUUUGGCUGCGGCUUCGACAGUAUUACAAACAAAAGCAUCCAUCUUCAAACGUGCAAUUGCAAUCAAUAAGAAACAAUACAAUUGAUCCAUACUCUAAUGCAGACUCAGAAAGUGGUAGAAUCUACUUGGGUGUACCCCUCUUCUCUUAUGAGGAGCUUAAGAAAGCAACAAAUAACUUUGAUCGUUCAAGAGAAUUGGGAAUUGGAGGCUUUGGCUCUGUUUACUACGGAAAACUUCAAGAUGGACGUGAAGUUGCAGUUAAGCGCCUGUAUGACCACAACUAUCGACGAGUUGAACAGUUCAUGAAUGAAAUUGAGAUGCUAACACGCUUGCACCAUCCAAACCUUGUGUCCCUAUAUGGCUGCACUUCAUGCCAUAGUCGUGAACUCCUCCUAGUGUAUGAGUACAUUCCAAACAAAACAGUUUCCUAUCAUCUCCAUGGUGAACCAGAAAACUGUGGUUUACUACCAUGGCCUGUAAGAAUCAAAAUUGCUAGAGAAACUGCAACUGCAUUGGCUUUUCUCCAUGCUUCCGAUACCAUUCAUCGGGAUGUCAAAACUAACAAUAUCCUCCUUGACAAUAAAUUCUCCGUUAAGGUUGCAGAUUUUGGGCUUUCAAGAUUGUUUCCAGAUGAUGUCACCCAUGUUUCCACAACUCCACAAGGGACACCUGGUUAUGUUGACCCAGACUAUCACUUAUGCUACUAA